AUGAGCUCCUUGACCACCAAAACUCCACCACCGUAUCUCCACCGGUCAAACUACCAUCGCCGUAAAAAUCCACUAACCCCCAUCACUUGCUGCGUCGGAGAAUCCGAACAAAACAACUUCACUCGCAGGACAACCCUGACAUCACUUAUAACACUCACGGCCAUCGGCGCCAGUGCCAUCGCCACGUCAGCAGCGUCAGCACAGGAGAAAUGGGGAACUAGGUCGUUCAUAAAGGAAAAAUAUUUCCAGCCAGGGUUAUCGCCGGAGGACGCGGCGGCGCGUAUAAAACAGACGGCGGAAGGAUUAAGAGACAUGAGGGAGAUGCUGGACCAUAUGUCGUGGAGGUACGUCAUCUUCUACAUAAGAUUAAAACAGGCUUAUCUGUCUCAGGAUUUGACCAAUGCUAUGAACAUCUUGCCGGAGAGUCGCCGGAAUGAUUACGUUCAAGCGGCAAAUCAGCUAGUCAACAACAUGAGUGAGUUGGAUUUUUACGUACGGACGCCAAAGGUGUAUGAGUCGUAUCUCUACUACGAGAAGACAUUGAAAUCGAUAGACGACGUUGUGGAGCUUCUUGCUUAA